CAUUUGCGUGAGCUGACGCAUCGCGUGCACUAUGAGAACUACCGAAGUGCCAAACUGUCCUGCAUCGCAUCGGAAAGCCAGUUUCAGACGGUGGAUGGCAAGGACCCGAUGAUGUGCAUGGAGGCAGAGAAGAAGGAACAUGAGGUGAAGAUGCGCAAGAUGGAGGCAGAAAUGGAGGCCGUCUUUGCUCAAAAGAUGCGUGAACAGCUGCGUGCUGAGGAGAACCAGUUCGCAGCGGAGAGACGGACUUUUGAGGCUGAACGCAGUGCCUGGGAAGAGGCCUGGCGUGAGUGGGACAUCGGUGCCGACCUGAGUGGUUCGUCAGGUCUGAGUCUGGGUCUGGGCGAGCGCGUCCUCAACGAGGUCAUCAAGGAGCGCAGCAAGACAGAGAAGAAGCAUAAGCGUCUAUUUUGA